AUGGAAUAUCAGCCUGAUCUCAUAGAAUGCCUGAUGUGCAAUCUUCGUUUCAAUGGCGUUAUUCCAUGCGCUACUCACUUACUAACCAAAGCCCACCAAAGAAAGAAGCUGGAAAGCAUCUCUCUUGCAGAAAGUUCGCUAGAAGUUGGCAUCAUCAACUUGAUAUUCCAAAAAUUGGUUCCUCAGGCAGUAGAAGAUCCAACACAACUACUCUAUUGUGAGCUUUGCGAUGUCAAAACUACCGACGUAGAACCGAUGUUGGCACAUUACAAAAGCAGAAAACAUGCCAAAAAUCUCAACUUCCACGCUGAAACAAAGAAACACGUGGAUUUCCAAACGUACCAUAACAGACUGCUGAAAUUGGCUGAAGAAGUAAAUCAGAGAAAUAAAGGUAUAUUUCAAUGUAGAAUCUGCUCUGUAGUUAUGUCUACGAAGCCUAAAUAUAACAUACAUUUGAAGAGUAAAAAACAUUACAAAUCUCUCAAUGCAAUCCGAAGUGCAAAAAUCAUUGCAAAAUUUCACCGUGAUUUGAGAUGGAAACUUGACGGCACAUUUGUAGAAAGUUCCGAAUUAGUGCAAUGUUGUUGA